UAAGCACAGUAGCAGUGUAUCUACAGUGUUACAGAUACUGCAUACAGCAAGUAACGGUUGGAUUAAUAAAUUUGUUAUGUUUACAGUGGUGUUUGGUGAGAUAGCCAACUUUACAGCUUAUGCAUUUGCUCCCGCAGUAUUAGUAACACCGCUGGGUGCUCUGAGUGUUCUAGUCAGGUAAGAAUACAACUUAUAACAAAAUGUAAAUGUACAGUUAUCUAAAUCUAUAAUCGUAUUAUAGAGCCUCGAGUAGCGGUCAAAAUUGUCCAGAAAAAUGUCCAACCGAAAUGAAAGUUAGUCGCACAUUUUGGAAUUUGGUCAGACAUCAAGCACUAGCAGUAAAUAAUACUUCAAGCUACAUUUACAUACUGUGAUUUAUUGGGGCUGGGAUGAUUUCAGAAAGUAUUAUCAACUGACAAUAUUUGUCAUCCAGAAAAAACAGAAAUUGGCCCAACAUAUUGCAAUGUGUAAAGUUAACGUACCUUUUAUAGUAUACAUCUUGUUUCCUGAGCCCGCAUUUUUGCGCCAAUUUGCUUAUCUUUCAAUUUUGUUUUCAGUGCUAUAUUAGCUUCAUAUUUUCUUCGCGAAGACUUAAAUAUCCAUGGAAAAAUUGGUUGUUUUCUAUCCCUUGUUGGGUCAGUGGUCCUCGUAAUUCAUGCGCCCCAAGAGGAGUCAAUUGCCACAGUUGAGGAACUGAGUGCUAAAUUAACAGAUGCAGGUAGGUUAUUGUAUACUGCUCGUUAAUAAUAUGUAUGGGUGGUUUUACAGUACAGCACAGUCCAGUACAGUAUGUCUUCCUUGUUGGAGGGAAGCGCUAUUGAAGAACGGAAACUCCUAUUUCUAUUCACUCUGUUGAACGUACAGUACAUGUAAGUACUCGUACCCUCUAACAUGGUAGUCAUGAUUCCACUUGAAAACACUCUAUUUACUGCUGUUGUGUAAAACAUUUCCUGUAUAGUAAUCACUACUUCACUUGUCAUCCUUUAUUGUUGUGCGGUUUCCUAUCCAAAACUGGCGGACAAGGCCUGGCCGCAUGGCGCGAGAAGCCUAAUUAAAGAAAAGAGAAACCUGAAACGGCUCAAUAUAAUAUUCCAAUUGCGGAUAAGAUCGUUUCUCGAGUUCUCCGCAAUGCCCCAUCCAGAACGUUUUAAUAAUUUCGGAUUUGAUCAGUAAAUACUAGAACUGUAAUUUUGACCAAAAAAAUGGGAAUGAGAUUUCAUUUUUAAAAUUGUAGGACUGACAAAAAUGCACAGCAUAAUUUUAUUGAGAAAUAGAUGAUAUUUGCUUGGGAUCAGGUUUCAUGCAUGGGCAUACUGUACAUCCUUGUCCAAAGGAAAAACUCCUGUGUUUCUACGUGACUAAAUUCACUCCAUCGCUUGUUGCCGUCUAUUUCUCCUACGCGGUUUGCCACCCAAAUGUUUCGGAUAAGGACUGGUCCCAUGGCAUCAGAAAGGCUGAUUAAAUUAAGCACUUUUUUUUCUUCAGCUUUUGUCGCCUACGCUUGCAUAGUUUUACUCGUUAGUGUGGUGUUAAUCUUUCAUUAUGGUCCUCGAUAUGGCAAGGAAAAUAUACUUAUUUAUGUUGCAAUCUGUUCCUUGGUUGGCUCAUUAUCUGUCAUGGGUUGUAAAGGCCUUGGCAUUGUUCUCAAGCAAUUAUUUAACGGAGAAAAUGAGUUAAAGAAUCCUGUUGCUUGGAUGUUAUUAUUUGCCGUUGCUGGCUGUAUUGUCACUCAGAUGAACUAUCUUAACAAAGCUUUGGAUAUAUUCAAUACGGCAUUAGUUACACCAAUAUAUUACGUCAUGUUCACAACCUUGACUAUUAUUGCGUCUGCAAUUCUCUUCAAAGAAUGGUCGAAUAGAAAUGCGAAAGACGUUUUGGGCGCCCUAGCUGGUUUACUCACCAUUAUUGUCGGUGUGUUUCUGUUACAUGCGUUCAGAGACGUGAAAUUUUCAAUUCAUGAUUUGCCUGGUUUGUCAAAGUUCGCGAGAUCUAGUAGCACCAGACCUCGUACGGAUGGUGCGGAACAAGUUCUUAUGCAAAACAUUGUAGAAGGUGACUCAGAUGAAGAUAGCGAGGUCGAAGUCAAAGUGGUUGGGAACUCUGUUGGGAAUCAUAGCUAGGCUAUUCUUAAUUAACAAUAUGUCUUUUUGUACAGUACAAAAGCUGAUAAAAAGUAUAUAAAAUGAUAAUUAGAAUCUAGGAAUUAGAACGGAAUUGAUAUUUUGGUAGAUGCUGUCAAAACAACUGCCAAACCAUCAAUUACAGAAAGCACACUGUGACGGUGUUUGAGAAUUUUUGAUUUUGCAGCCAUGCCUGCGUAUAUCCUUUGUCAAAGCCAGGAUACUUUCUCGCGUGCACAUAUACGCAAAAUAUCCUCGGUAUGAGGUUGUAUUUUUACCAGCAGGUUGGGAAGUUAGUCAAAAUAAAGUCCUAGACAAAGAGGUGAGAGUGAACGAUUAAUUACUAUCGCUGAAGUGAUACCGGCGAAUUUAGUUAUUGGGUCGUUCAGGAGAAAUUUUUCAUGGGAGUUAAAACAAAUGUAAUUAUUAUUAUUAACAAUUUCAAUUCCAUUUUUAUGGUCAAAGUUUAUUUAACAAACGAAGGAAGUCUUAUUAGACGAUUUUUAAUUUAUAUUUGUGACGUACAUAUAUGAUAGGAACAAACGUAGUACAUAAUUUAUCUUUGGCCAUGCGAUAGUGGGCAGUAAUAAAUUUUAUACUAAUGUAAAUUAUUGUGUAAUACUAAUAGAGUUAAUAGGGCGAAUUAAGAUUCGUAUUAGUAUGCUACGUUCAUCUACUAUGUCUUUAAAUAUAAGCAUUUGAAACUGACCUCAAGUUGCAUGAUCUUGCCUGAAUUUCAGAACAUUCAGACUAAAGUUAAACAAUUAUUAAUAUUAAUCCCCGAGCCAACGGCGCAGAGCGCCGUGC